AUGGACAGACUUGUGAUACCUUUUGCAGUUUUUGCUAUCCUUCUGAGUUUUACGACCACAGUAGCCGCUGCUAAUGACCGUCUUGGGAGCUCGUUUCUGAAGAGUUUUAAAGAUCCGGAUAGCUCUUAUGGAGAAUAUGACUAUACUUUUGUUGAUGGUGACCCACCAAGGAACUACAUCUGUCUCAUAUGUACUUUAGUGUCACGUGAUCCUCAUCAAGUCUCCUGCUGCUAUAACAUCUACUGUAAGAGUUGUCUGGAUAAGCACAGGAAGAAAUCCUCAAGGAAUGGAACAUUCAGCUGUCCUGCUUGUCAUAAACUAUUGGAUUCCAAGAGCUAUUUUAAAGAUGGAAGGAUGGAGCGUGAGAUAAAAGCCCUUAAAGUUCAAUGCAUCAUUGAGGAGUGUGACUGGAAAGGAACUCUUGGUGAUAUUCAAGCACAUGUCAUGGGCUGUCCUUAUCGAAUGGUCGACUGCUCUCUGGGAUGUGGGGAAAAGAUUUGUUGUAGGGAAAUGGAAACUCACCUUCAAGAUUGUCCAAAGCGGAUAGUUGGUUGUCAAUAUUGUAAGAAAGAAGGUCCUCAUAACAUUAUAACAAGCAGUGCUCAUCUUGACAGGUGUUAUUCCUACCCAAUCAAAUGCUGCAAUGAAGGUUGUGAAUUUAUUCAAGAACGCCUUUGGUUUAAACGUCAUGAACAAAAUUGUCCUAAAGCUAUUGUUUACUGUGAGUACAGUAAUUUAGGGUGCGAUAAAUUAAUAAAAAGGGAAGAGCAAGAAAAGCAUAAUGAAGAAUUCAUGAAAGAGCACUUACAAAUGGCCAUCAAACGAGUUGAUACUCUGCAGACGAAAUCUGCUG